AUGCGACGUGUUUCGGCUUCUCUUUGCCACUCGUUGCCGUCAUGCGGCAGCUUCGUGGCGGAGGCGCUUCGCACGUAUCCAGACUCCUGCUUCAGCGACAUUCUUUCCCAAUGGGCAAACCAUCGAUGCUCCCCAGAUGUUACGCCUCCUGUCUCCUUGGAGGAAGAUAAAAUCAAAAAUGGGGAUGCAAAGGGCAGGACCUCUGCGCACAUUAAUGCCAAGCUGUACGAUGCAGCCGAGGUGCAGCUGUUGAAUGCAAUGUACGAAAACCCAAUGCCAGCACGCGCACGUUGGCUGCUGCAACGCUACACAACCGCCCAUUUCGCGGCUGAGGUCGGCAGCACCACUCUCCUCGAGAUGCUUUCUUCACAAGGCGUUAUGUUGCAUGCAGACGCCUGCAUGAACGUGCGGGGAUCUGAGUGCAUGUACCAACGCCGACGUGUGCCACUAGAUACCGUGGCGCUCUCUAUCCACGACGGUGAGGGGCGCUUUCUGUCACAUCUCGCUGCACAAUACGGCCAUCUGAGUUUCCUCAUGUGCUUGGUGGAGCGUCUUGGUGCUACUGUGGUUCUGGGGCAGUGCAUAAGCCUCAGUGACGUCACAGCUGGAGUGCCCUCGCUGGAUGUGUAUGAAACAGCGUUUGUGUACGGCCAAGUGCCGCUUCUGGAAUGGAUAGAUAAAUUUCAUCCCAGGCACGCAUUUGGUGUCUCUGAUAGCAAUGCACUGCGGUGUGUGCAGCGUGCAAGUGCGUAUGGACAGGUGAGAUCCCUUGAACAUUUUACACGUUGUCACGGAACGGCAUCUCGCACGACGUUAUGCGAGGCAUUAUACCCCGCAGCAGAGGCUGGCGCCGACGUUGUCUUAAACUUUCUGCUGGAGACUCUCGGCGAAGGUAUUGUGUGGCGCUCAAGUAAAACUGGCGCCACCAUCCUUCACCACGCUGCGCGAUUCGGCCGCACCUCGUUGCUAGAUGUUUUUUUUCAGCGGUACAACGUGAGGCAACAUGUCGACGACCGUGACGAUCGUGGGCGUACACCCGCGAUGUGGUGUGUCCUUGGGGGCAAGAAGCCAAGAAACAUUGCGUUUCUGGAGCGGCUUCUGGAGUUGGGCUCGCGCUGGCCGGUUGACACGGACGACGAUGGCCGUGAUGUGGGCGCGCUGGCUCGGAUGUGCUACAUGCCAACCGCAAAGAUGUGCAAGUUCAUCGAAAAGUGCGUCAUGUCAGCACAGCGACGGGGAGACUGA